UCCUUGGAAGGCCAUGACUCAGAUCCAAGGAGGUGUGGACAAACAGGUACAAAGAGAAGCAACCCUGUUCCCUUUUGUUCAGACCUGCUCUCCCUCCACAGCAGGAAGGAUUCCCUCUUCAGUAGAAAGAUGGCAUACUCCACCAGAACAAUCGCAGAAGGCUGUUUUGGGAAGGUCUACAAGCAGAAGUACAACGAUACCUGGGCUGCUAUAAAGAAAGUCCCACAAGACCUCAUCAGCAAGUACGACCUGGAUAGAGAGACUGAAGUGUACAAGAAGGCAAGUCAUCCAAAUAUUGUGAAGCUACUGGGGAAAAUAGAUCUCAAAGACGGAAAAUGGAUUAUUCCUUUAGAGUUUAUCUUUGGAGAAGACUUGGAGACCACCAUCUUUAAAGAAGCACAAUCUAAAAUAAAGUUGACUCCGUCUAUCAAAGGAACUAUCAUCACCGGCAUGUGUGAAGGGCUGCAACACCUUCACAUCAAAAAUAUUGUCCAUCAAGACCUCAAGCCUGAAAACAUCAUGGUGGAGCAUGACACAAACAGAGCGGUCAUCAUCGACCUGGGAUUGGCUAAAUUCUUCCGGUUUGGUCAAAACUCUGCCAAAGACAUGGGGAAUGAGGCGUACUCUGCCCCUGAGGUUCUGCAGAGGGGCAGUCAGAGGGACCAGCGCUCAGACGUGUGGGCCAUGGGUAAAAUCAUCGCCGAGCUCUGUGCCCGGGACCGGCUGUACACGCCCAGCGUCUGUCCAGCUAAGAUCAAUGAUAUCCUGAAGGAUCAGCCUUACUGCCAUGUUGUGUGUAGGAUGGUGGAUCCCGACCCUAAUCUGAGAGCCUCCAUGGGUGGGGUCAUGAGUGAGAUAAAAAGGGUCGGAGGUCCAGGCAAUAACCCCGUUAAAAAAGAUUACCUUAAGCCAGCAACACCUCACAUCAGUGUCGGAAAACUGUCUCCAGCACCUGGUCACAGAGGUGCAUCUCCAAUGACCAUGGAGAAAUCGCCACUGAAAUUGGAGCGCUCACCGAAACCAGAGUUCAAAGCUCCGCCUCCUCGAGCAGCAAUGCCCCUUCCUCCUUCCCCUUAUAGGACGGAGGACAAGAACAAAAACCAGGGUCUGGUCCCGACAGGCAGAACUGAGCGCACCGAAGACCUCAUGAAAGGGAAGUUUUUCCAAGGUGCUGACCAGAACCUGCCCAGACACCUGCCCACAACAGGAAGGGUGGUGACGCAGAGCUAUGAGAUUAAAAACAGGGAGGUUCAAACAUGGAAGCAGGAGGUGGUGACUGAGGGUGGACAGAUGGUCAAGUUUGUUGAUGUCAAGUAUAAUAGCAAGAUAGAAUAAAGGGAUUUCUUAUUUGGCAGAUAAUGUACAGUAGCUCCUAUAAAAGGAUUGAAUGUGCUGGUUCAACGAUUAGUGCAGGGUCACCUAGCUUUUGGUAUCUUUUAAGAGAGCAUGUUAAAUACUUUUCCAAUGAAUCAACGUGUAAACUGGGAUGAAACUACAGGUGCUUGUUUUUUUGCACACAUAAAUACGAAAAUGAAAAUAAAUGAUAGGUUGAAAUGGUUUUGAGGAAACAUAGAGAAGAGGCUUUGGUUCUGCUGUAACAAGUUAUUCAGUCAUGUUAGGAAUUUGUUUGAUAUCUAAUUUACUUGGCAAGAAAAAGAUAUCUGCAGGCACGAACAACCAUCUGUGAAUGUUUUAUCAGUAUCUGAAUGCAUAACACUGUGAACAUGGCUCGUACAUUAUGUGUAUGGUUUUGUAUAUAAAUAAAUCCUGAUAUCUCAAUUACAGAGGCGGAUUCAGGGUUUUUUGUAAUGAAAAGAAGCAAGAAAACUAUAGUUGAUCGCUGUAAACUAAAAUGGUUUCUGAAAUCAGAGUAAGACAACAUGGGCCAGGAGCAAACUAUAAAAUAAUACUGUUUUUUGCUGUUUUUUAUUAGGUCUUAAAUUGGUGACUUCUAUGGCUAAACAUACAAGCUACAUACUUCAUUUAUGGAUCAAGACAGUCUCAGGUUAGGAAAAUGUGCAGUGUUAUUUGUUUGUUAAAAAACAAACUUGUUAAAUGAUUUAAUGAAUCUUGGUGGAUCAGUUUGGGUAAGGACAAAGACGUUUUUGGCACUCCAUCCAUAGCUCGGCUAUCAUUUUUUAUUUAAUUUGUAUGAAAAGCUCUUUGCACUUCAGCCCAAAGCCACUAAACUUGGAUUUGUAGAGGAACAUAUUUUUGGCCUAAAUGUCUUGGUUCAAAUUGGUAACUUUUAACACUGACCCCCCUGUGGCCCCCCUGAAAAUGAAAAGUUUAUGAUUAAACGAUUUAUUGGCUGACGGAAUAGGCGGAACUAACGUUAUUUGUCAUUCUAGUAGUAAAAACUGUAACUAUAAGUAUCUGAAAUAAAUAUGUGUACCAAUAACUGUA